AUGCGAUUAGCUCCUCUCCUCCCGCUGCUUGCAGCUCUUGUGCUGGCCGCAGAUGAUACUACUUCCUCCGCUUCUUCCUCCUACCAGUCCAAAACAACGAUCUCCGACACCAAGAGCUUUCUCACACUAGAUGGCACCGUCACAGGCACCGUCAGUGAACCGGCCACACGCACUGGCCAUUACAUCACCUACACAAGCACCAAGACCUUGUCCACAAACCAUGGCGGUAUGGCAAACUUGACGUCCGACACAGGCUCGGCCUCCACGGGAAAUUCCACGCACACAACGAGCACGGAUUCGAUGACCCGGCUGGUGGGCAACAACACGGUCAAUGCCACUCGCACAGCGACGAACACGGCCUCGUCUUCGCCGCCCGUCGUCAACACCCAGCCGUGCAAUGGAUACGCCGAACUUUGCGCACGGAACUACUCCAACAUCACCAUGGUGGCAGCCCAUAAUAGUCCGUUUGUGAAACUGGGGAAUAUCGCUGCGAAUCAGGCACUGCAUGUUGAAACGCAGUUGAAUGAUGGGAUUCGCAUGUUACAAUUCCAAACCCAUUUGAUCAACGGCACUGUGAAACUCUGCCACACCAGUUGCGAUCUGCUAGACGUGGGAACCCUGGAAUCGUACCUCACCACCGUCGCACGGUGGAUGAAGGACCAUCCGUAUGACGUUGUCACGAUCUUAAUCGGCAACUACGAUUAUGUUGACCCGGGCAACUUCACGGAACCCAUCAAGAACUCCGGACUAAUGGAUAUGGUGUACACACCUCCCAAGAUCCCCAUGGGUCUGCAUGACUGGCCCACGCUGUCGACCAUGAUCCUGUCAGGGAGACGCGCGGUCGUGUUCAUGGACUACCAGGCCAACCAGACCGCAUAUCCGUGGCUCAUGGAUGAGUUCUCGCAGAUGUGGGAAACGCCCUUUUCACCGACGGAUCGUAAUUUCCCCUGCACCGUGCAGCGGCCGCCCGGUCUGCAACCGCCGGGUGCCAGCAACCGGCUGUACAUGGCCAACCAUAACCUUAAUUUGGAGCUGAACGUUGCGAAUCUGAACCUGCUGAUUCCAAACAUGGCGCUGCUGAAUCAGACGAAUGCGGCGGAUGGGUUUGGUAGUCUGGGAUGGAUGGCUACCAAUUGCACCCGGGACCAUGACCGUCCGCCCAACUUCCUUUUGGUCGAUUACUAUAACUACGGCAAGGUGAACGGAUCGGUGUUCCAGGUGGCGGCCGACAUGAACAACGUCACCUAUAAUGGCAAGUGCUGUGGCACGACGUCGGGCGGAUGGAGUGUUACGCCGCAGAGUAUGACUGUGUCCAUGGUGCUGAUUGCGGGGGUACACUAA